UUGGUGGUAGUGUAGCACCAUUUUGCUGUUUGCCAGCUGCCGAUGAGCUUCAGUGAAGAGGAAGAAGUAGCAGCAGUGGGGAGUUAUGGCAGAAUCCUCAGAGACCAAACUGCAGCUGGUGUACACUCUCAUCCGAGCUUUUCCAGACUUCCCGAAGAAAGGCAUCCUGUUCAGAGACAUCUGUCCCCUUCUGAAGGACCCAGCUGCUCUGACAGCAGUGAUUGACCUGUUCGAAGAACAUGUGAGGAACAAUUACAAACACGUUGAUUUGAUUGUAGGUUUAGAUGCACGUGGUUUCCUGUUCGGGCCCCUGCUCGCCCAGCGGCUGGGUGUUGGCUUCGUCCCGAUCAGAAAGACAGGCAAACUGCCCGGGACCACUACAUCUGUGUCGUAUGAUUUGGAGUAUGGCAAGGCAGAGGCAGAGGUCCAGGAGGAUGCAGUGGCUCCAGGACAGAAGGUUCUGCUCAUCGAUGACCUUCUUGCAACUGGAGGGACAAUGUAUGCAGCCAUUCAGCUGAUGAGGAAGCAGCAGGCUGAAGUUGUGGGCUGCAUGGUGGUCAUCGAGCUCAAAGAGCUCAACGGCAUUGACAAGCUCAAACCUCACAGUGUGUUCUCCCUGGUUCAAUACUGAGGACACUUCCGCUGCCUCGCUGGAAACAAGCCAGUCAUAGUGUCACCAGUUGUAAAACAGCAUCUGCAGUUCACUUACACUUUUACAGGUUUUACUUCAUACUUAUACAGUAUGUUUUCUAUUUUUGUCAGAGAUGUAACAUGCAUGCUUUGGGGAAUGUCUUAAAUUUCCUGUUCCUCUCUGGGAUCACGCCCUGUUCCCCUGUGUGCCAAAAAUGGAAGCUUUAUGGCUGAAGGGAGGGACUGAUAGAAAGGUUAACCAUUCUCUGUGGCAUAUUAAAUGACCACCGGUUUACGACAAUUAUUCCAGUAUAUUUAAUUAUAUCACUGAUAUCACUUACUGGUGCUGAGAAAAAUGGUACAUUUCAAUUUAGGAAAAAGGGAAAUGAAAGUUAAUGGUAAAUAAUAAGAUCUCAGGUUGUUGUAUUUAAAUCCAUUGUUUGCUGACAGUUGACCUAUGACCAGUGUUCUCUCUACUGGUGCACCUUCCUGUGUUCAGCUUUGUCCUUGUUAUUUUUCUGUUUGUAUGUUUUCAUCACAAACUGAUUCCAUGACAGAAUAAAAUUUAUAUUGAUAAGCAAAGGAGGUGCAAUGCUUACCCUGCAUGUGCAAAGGUGAAUGCAUUAUAAGACUGACAACAUGACAAUGUCAUUCCUGCUAUAUGAUCAUAAAUUAUUUUUAAUCUAUGCAAGCUUUGGGUUGUGUCUGUAGUAUUAUUGGAUGCAUUUUCUGAUCAAUACCAGCUUUAGAGCUUUGUCUCUUAUUUGCAGAGAUAUAUUAAAUAUAUUUGGUCGAGAUUGUUGUUUACCAUGAGCUUUAAUUAUAUGGAUAUAUGAUGAUGAUGUUGACUAUGAACAAACUUAACUGACUCACUCACUCAAUUUGUUCAUUCUGAAUAAUCUCUUGUGCUACUUCUCAUGUAACGUUUUAGAAUUUACCAUAAUUGCUGUAUUCAGCCCUGUUUACUAAAAGUUGCAUAGCCUGUUUCCUAGGCUUUACUCGUUUCCAGUAUUUUUAUAUGUACAUAUAUUUUAUACUGAACAUUUUCUCUCCCCACAGCUGUGGCUAGACAAUUUACAGAUGAGUAUUUUUCUUGAAAAAACAAACCACUCUCCAUUGCCAGGAUAGCACCAAAUCAUAAAGAUGCCAAAUCAUAGUGAGUUCAGUCUAGUGUUGGUUAAAAAAAAACACUGUCCUCUAAAAGCUCUGUAUUGAAAUAGCACUUUCCCAAAGAUACAUUCUAUUUCCAUUCACAAACGUUCAGCACCCUUUCUACGAGAGGCAAUUUAGGGUUCAGUAUCUUGCCAAAGGACACUUCAGCAUGCAGAUGGGGGGAUUGGGAUCAAACUGCUGACUUUCUGGUUAGAGGAUGACCGCUCUACCCUCAGCCACAGCUAACUCUUCUAUUCAUGUAACUUAAUCAUGUCUUUUCAUUAGACCCUAUUUGUAACAGCUUUCUGUCAUAAAUGUUGAACUCUGAA